ACAUUCCAGAAACAUGUCGUCGCCAAUGUGACCUAACACACUACUAUCUAGAGAGAGAAAGAGAGCUGAAUCACAGCGACAAUAGAUAUGGCGGACGCAGCAAAGGCCGAAGGCAACGCGGCCUUUGCCGCCGGAAACUUCUCAGAGGCCAUCCGCCACUUCACAGAGGCGAUCAACCUGUCCCCGACCAACCACGUCCUCUACUCCAAUCGAUCUGCCGCUUACGCCUCCCUCAAUCAGUAUGCCGACGCCUUGUCCGACGCCGAGAAGACCGUCGAGCUCAAGCCCGACUGGUCCAAGGCCUAUUCACGUCUCGGAGCUGCACACCUAGGUCUCCAUCACUAUGAAGAUGCCGUCUCGGCUUACAAGAAGGGUCUCGAAAUCGACCCCAACAAUGAAGCCCUCAAGUCCGGCCUCGCGGACGCCCAAUCCUCCGCCGCCAGAUCCCGAGGUCCGGCAUCUUCUUCUUCUCCUUUUGGCGAUGCCUUUUCGGGGCCGGAGAUGUGGACGAAACUCACUGCCGAUCCGACGACUAGGGCUUACCUGCAACAGCCUGAUUUCGUGAAAAUGAUGCAGGAGAUUCAGAGAAAUCCUAGCAAUUUGAAUCUUUAUUUGAAGGAUCAGAGGGUUAUGCAAGCGCUGAGUGUGUUGCUUAAUGUGAUGAUUCGGUCGCCGACAUCGGAGGAGAUGGAGGCUCAGGGUGAGCCGUCCUCGCCGCCGGAGGGGAAGAGACAGGCUGAGCCGGAGCCGGUGACGGGGAAGCCGAAGCAGCAGCCAGAGCCAAUGGAAAUAUCUGAGGAAGGGAGAGAAGCAAGAGAGAGUAAAGCGCAGGCGCAGAACGAGAAGGAGUUGGGAAAUGCCGCUUACAAGAAGAAGGACUUCGAGAAUGCGAUUCUGCACUAUACGAAGGCGAUUGAAUUGGACGACGGGGAUAUUUCUUUUCUCACAAACAGGGCAGCUGUGUACUUGGAGAUGGGGAAGUAUGAUGAAUGCAUCAAAGACUGUGACAAGGCUGUUGAAAGGGGAAGAGAGCUUAGGUCAGACUUUAAGAUGGUUGGAAGGGCCUUGACAAGGAAAGGAACUGCCUUGGUGAAGAUGGCAAAGUGCUCAAAGGACUAUGAUCCUGCUAUUGAGUGUUUUCAGAAAGCUCUUACGGAGCAUCGGAACCCAGACACAUUGAAGAGGCGCAAUGAUGCUGAGAAAGCAAAGAAAGACUUGGAGCAACAAGAGUAUUUCGAUCCAACAUUAGCUGACGAGGAGCGUGAGAAAGGUAAUCAGUGUUUCAAAGAGCAAAAUUAUCCAGAAGCUGUCAGGCACUACACAGAAUCCUUGAGGAGGAACCCCAAUGAUCCAAAGGCAUAUAGUAACAGGGCUGCUUGCUACACAAAACUGGGGGCGUUGCCCGAGGGACUGAAAGAUGCAGAGAAAUGCAUUGAGCUCGAUCCUACCUUUGCCAAGGGAUAUACUAGAAAAGGUGCCGUUCAGUUCUUCAUGAAAGAGUAUGAUAAAGCUUUGGAAACUUACCGGGAAGGAUUGAAACACGACCCUCACAACCAGGAAUUACUGGAUGGUGUAAGGAGAUCUGUAGAACAAAUUAACAAGGCAAGUCGUGGGGAUUUUAGCGCUGAUGAACUGAAGGAGAGACAGGCCAAGGCAAUGCAGGAUCCAGAAAUUCAGAACAUCCUCACAGAUCCUGUUAUGAGUCAGGUGUUGACAGACUUCCAAGAGAAUCCAAGCGCUGCACAGCAUCACAUGAAAAAUCCUCUUGUGAUGAACAAGAUCCAGAAGCUGGUUAGAGCAGGGAUUGUUCAAAUGAAAUGAAUAUGAGGGGGAAAAAAAAAAAAAAAGAAACACAGGAAGUUUGGAUCAGCAAAAGCAUCAGCAUCAAUGGAUUAAUUGAUAAAUUUGAUCUCUUUUACCUGAUAAUUUUGAAAUGUUUCUUUCUUAUUUUAAAUAUGUUUUGGUCUUCACAAAUUUUCAAUUUGCUUUCAUCACUUUCUCCUUGUAGAGAGAUUUUAGUGAAUUACUUGAUGAAUAUUGUACCAUCUUAUAAUAUUGAUUGUUACUUUCUUUUGUGUUUCUCGUA